GCAAAUUAUAGCGAAGAUGUUAAAUCUACGUUCACUCGACCACAUUAUCCGUUGAGAUUUAUCAUUUUCAUUAUUUAUGCAAUGGUCGCCGUGAGUGCCUUUCAAAUAUUUGAGUUACGAGUGGAGUGGAUUACGGAGGUGGGCUUGAACAGUAAACCAUUGAAAAUGGCGAUUAACAAUUGGUGGAGAGAACCUGAUAUGGGAGGGGAGCGCGAGGGCUGCGCGGCGUCUCGCAUGUGGCGCAAUGCGUGCGGGACGCUCGUGGCGCCGGCUGCCGACCAGGCCUGGCAGGAGAUUGUCGAUGCAGCCCCACCGGAUUCCGUCUGGCAUUCCUUAAGGAAUUGUAUCGCUUAUCAGGCAGGGGUUUGGCAAAAUCUGUUGCUGAAGGGCAUCCCGGACGUCAUGCAGCCGGCCGCAUUCAAACUAGCAAUAGUUCUGCGUCACACACCUUCUGAGCUGACCGUGAAGCUGCUAGCAGACUUGUUGCAUCUACAUCCGCAGUCUCAAGAUUUGACGGCAUACGUGUUAGCUCUGUUAACCGACGACGAGGCGUGGUGCGGCAGCUGCGGGUCCAGUGCAGGUCUACCCGUGGCGUGCUCGGCGCCGGGGCUGGCGGGCGCGGGCGGCUGCGCGGCGGGCGGCGCGCCCAUGCGCGACCUGCAGCUGUUCGGCGACUGCGAGCUGGCCGUCAUGGCGGCGUCGCGCGAGGAGUACGACGCGCACGCCAAGCUCGUGCGCGCUGAGUACGCCAACCUCACGCAGGAGAACUACGUCGAGCUCAGGAUCAAGAUAUUAAACCAAUUCGUCCAAAUCCCCAAACUCUACAACACGUUGGAGUUCGAGAGCUUCGAGGCGGCUGCGAGGGAGAACAUCGAGCGAGAGAUCUGCACCCUGCGGGAGCACCUGCUCACGGGGCGACACGAAUAGCGCCGGCUUUUCACUUAUGACUCGGACGAUUCGCUCAGUUGAAUUGUCGCGUCAUAGUGACACCCCGACUGUUCCUGUUUUAUUUGGAUUUCUAUGUGUUAAUGAAACAAGAGAAUUAGUGACUCUAAUUAUAGUUUGUUUUUAGUGCAUAAAGACAGGUCAACGGAUAGUUUUAUUUUACAUUUCUUUUUUGUUACUAUUUUUAGUUGUGACUCUUAAUGUUCUGUAGUAUAUAAGGAUUUAGUUAUUAUUAGUUAAUGACUUGUAUGCAUUACGAUAACUUGUUGAUGGCUGAACAUCAAAAUGAUUAACACUAGCAUCAACAACAUCUGAACAAAGUUUUAACGGCCCCAAGUUUAAUGAUCAGUCGAAUGAUUAUUUUACAAAAACUAUUUCAUAAUUAUUCAGGUGACAAAACAUGUUAUUUCUGUAUAAGAGAUCAUUUGACAACUUUAUAUAGCAAAUUUUAAAUAUUUAUAAAUAUUUUUACAUAGCUAAUUUUAAAGAUUGACAUGCUUACCUAUUUAUAAAUACAGAUUAAAUCAAAUGAUUGUCAGAAGAUACUUUAUGAAUUGAAAAAUGGGUUUGCAACUAGUUGUUCAGUUUAUUAUUUAUACAACCAUUUUGUAUAAACAUGAAUCAUAUUGUCAGAAGCUUUGUAAAAUGAAAAUUUGUAUUUGAUCAAAAAAUAGGAAUCAGUUUUAAAUGGUAUGAAAAUUAUUAGUAGUGCAUAUGGGACAAACAAUGUUAUUCAAUUUAUUUAUGUUAAUAAUGUUAGAUGUUGGUUGAAUAUUGAAAUAGAUGAUAUUUCAGAAUACAAUGGGGAUUAACAAUGUAAUUGAAAGAAUGUAACAUUAUUGUAGUGAUUGCUACUCGCUAGUUGGUAAUGUUGAAUGUAAUAAAGGGCUUUUGAUGACUAGAAGGAUAUACAUAGCAAAAAUACUGAAAUAAAAUAACAAAACAUAUACAACUAGAGUUUGACUUGAGUGUGACGAUACUCAACUCAAUGGUGUACUUCGUACGCUAAAAUUAAGCAUAUUUGCAUACUUUUAUAAAUACAUUUAUAAAAGCUGUGUGCUAAUUGUUAGCGAAGCUUGUUUUAUUAAAAACAUAAAUUAAGCCUUAAAUGAAAAUCGAGUAUUUAAUAUUAUAAGUGUUGCAUUUCAUUCUAGUGUUGCUAGCCAAUAAAGUAAAUAUUAUCUAUGAAAUUUUAGACAAGUAUCAACUUGUGUUAAUAGUUUUAAUAUGAAUUUUAAAAAUGAUAUUGUUCGACUUUGUCAAGUGAGUUUAUCGUGAUAGUGUUGCUAGAUAUUAUAUUAUAAAUAGAUUUAAAUAUUUUAGUGUGUUUUAUACAUACAUUUAUGGAAUGAAUUUUCACCUGUCAGUUAAAUUAUUUAUUUUAUGUCACCGCUGCUUGAGUGCAAAAUAUUAUCCCAAUGUCAUUUAUCGAAAAGAUGACAUAUAUUUACACAAUAUAUACUUUGAUUUUGUAACAGAUUUUAUACCCAUUCUUUUUUUAAAACAUCAACAUAUUUUUUUACAAAAAUUAACUGGCCUUUGAAUUUGAGUUUAUUUUAAACGGAUUUGAGUAAUAUUUAAACAAUUAGUGUCUUUACAUAUAAAUGUUGUUUUGUGUUAUUCAUUUCUCUCUUUCUUACAUUAUUUAUUUGACAUUCAAGAGAAGAAGACACAUCAUUGUUUAAAUAUCCAUCCUCAUAACAACAUUUAAAGGUGAGCUGGAAUAAGGUUAAAGAAAGCUAUUAGAAAUGUAAGUAAUUUUUCAUUUCUGUAUUUACUUCUAGAAAUUGAAUUGAUAUGAGCUGUGAUUUUUGCUGUCAAGCAAUAUUUUUAUUAUGUUACUCUGCUUAUAUUUAAGUAGAAUAGUUAUGAUAGACAAAUAAAAUGUU